UGUAGAAGAGAAGAAAGAUAACAAGCAGUCAUGGCAGGCUUGAACCAUAUCCUCCUCUUAUCCUUCAUGGCUCUCUUGGCACUCACAGUCAAUGCCAAACACUAUUAUUACACUUCUCCUCCACCUCCUCCUCACCACCCUCCACCUCCACCUCCUCACCAUGCUCCUCCACCUCCUCCUCACCACCCUCCUCCUCCAUCUCCUCACCAUGCUCCUCCACCUCCUCAUCAUGCUCCACCUCCUCCUCACCAUCCUCCACCCCACUACCACUUUCACUUGCCCACGCCAGAAGAAGAGAAUGAUGUGAAGUCGAUUGGCGUGCAGGGAAUGAUUUAUUGCAAAGCCGGAUCUAAGCUCACGCCCCUUAAAGGAGCUGUGGCAAGGAUAACAUGCAAGGCAGUAGACAAGCAUGGAGUUGUGACAGGUAGCUACACUGUGAUGAGUGACACAAACAAAUCAGGAUACUUCUUAGCAAAGAUGUCCUUGACAGAGAUCAAAGAAGUGGGAAACAUCACACAGUGCAAGGGAUACCUUGACAUGUCUUCAUCGAUUUCAUGCAGCAUUCCCACUAAUGUCAACAAGGGGAUUACCGGAUGCCCUCUUUCAGGCCCUCGCCUUCUCCAUAACAAGAUGCACUUGUACACUGUGGGCCCGUUCGAGUACAAAAAGGGGUUGCCACUUGGCCAUGAUUGAGGAGUCUUGCCACUUGUUUUUAGUGGCUAUUACACAGUAUUACUAGCCUUUCAAAAAUUGAUGAUUUUUAAUUUCCUUAUAAAUUUUGCGUUGAUGUUGUCGAUGUUAAUCAUGUUAAAUGGGAAGAUCAGUGAAUCAUGUGCUUUUAUUAAUGUGUUA